GCUGCCAUGGAUCCAGUCCUAGUCCUGGUGCUCACUCUCUCCUCUCUGCUUCUCCUCUCACUCUGGAGACAGAGCUCUGGGAGAGGGAAGCUCCCUCCUGGUCCAACACCUCUCCCAAUCAUUGGAAACGCCCUUCAGAUAUAUAUGAAGGACAUCGGCCAAUCAAUAAAAAAGUUUUCAAAAGUCUACGGCCCUGUAUUUACUCUGUAUUUGGGCAUGAAGCCCUUUGUGGUGUUGCAUGGGUAUGAAGCUGUGAAGGAAGCUCUUGUUGAUCUAGGAGAGGAAUUUUCUGGAAGAGGCAGUUUCCCAAUAUCUGAAAGAAUUAACAAGGGCCUUGGAGUCAUUUUUAGCAAUGGGAUGCAAUGGAAGGAGAUCCGGCGUUUCUCCAUCAUGACCCUGAGGACUUUUGGGAUGGGCAAGAGGACCAUUGAGGACCGUAUUCAAGAGGAGGCUCAGUGCCUUGUGGAGGAACUGAGGAAGAGCAAAGGUGCCCCUUUUGAUCCCACCUUUAUCCUGGGCUGUGCUCCCUGCAAUGUGAUAUGCUCCAUUAUUUUCCAGAAUCGCUUUGAUUAUAAAGAUCCGACUUUUCUUAACUUGAUGCACAGAUUUAAUGAAAACUUCAGGCUUUUCAGCUCCCCAUGGCUACAGGUCUGCAAUACUUUCCCUGCCAUUAUUGAUUACUUCCCUGGAAGUCAUAACCAAAUACUUAAGAAUUUCUUCUAUAUAAAAAACUAUGUUUUGGAGAAAGUAAAAGAACACCAAGAGUCCUUGGACAAGGACAAUCCUCGGGACUUCAUUGAUUGUUUCUUGAACAAAAUGGAACAGGUAAAAUAUUAUUUGUUGUGUUGCAUUAUCUGA